AUGAAAAAAGUUGUUUUAUUAGCCUCGUUCCCGCCGGUAUUCCUUAUUCUGGUCUCUGGUUUGAUAUUUUGGGAGUUGUAUGAGUUUGGAGAAUUUAUUAUUGAGGAAGGUGAAGGAUAUCGAAUAUUGCGGGGCUCUUUGGAAAAUGAAAUUUUGAUUAUUGAACGGCAGAAGCGGUAGGUGGAUUGGAUUGCUCCAAGAUUUUAUUGAUCUAGGAAAGUUUUUUAGUCAAACACCAUCCUCUCAAUGUUCGUGUUCCUCAAAACCUUCUCCGAAAUGUCCAAAAGGUCCGAAAGGCCCACCAGGAGAGCCUGGAAUUGAUGGGCUUGCCGGAAUGCGUGGAACUGAUGGUCAACCCGGAAUACCGGGAAUAUCUAUGAUGGAUGUGAAAAUGUCGAGUGAGGGUUGUAUCAAAUGCCCGAGAGGUGCGCCCGGAUUUCCUGGAGAACCAGGGCCGCCGGGGAUUCCUGGACCGCCUGGUAUGACUGGACCGAAAGGGCCUGAUGGAGCGGAUACGAUUGGGGGAGCAGGGCCAGCCGGACCGGCAGGGAAUGAUGGGAUUGAUGGAUCGGUUGGAGAACCAGGGCAAGAUGGGAUGGACACAAUUCAUAUUAUAUCGGAGAAAGGAGCGAAGGGAAGGAUGGGAGAUAAAGGGUGAGCCUGGGGAGGGGCAAUAGAUUUGCAAUUACAAUUUAAAAUUUCCGCCACGUGGCAGUUUGGAAAAUUGUAUGCAAAAAUUAGCAUUAAUUUGCCAAUGUGAACGUUCACUUUUCAAUUUCAAUUUUUUCCCAGAUGUGCUGGAAGUCGAGGAAGCCGCGGAAGUGUUGGUGAAGCCGGGAUGCCUGGUCGAAUGGGUUCACCGGGCGAAGAUGGACAACCGGGACAAUCUGGUGCGGCUGGCGAAGAUGGUCCACCAGGACUUCCCGGAAUGCCAGGAAAAGAUGCGACUUAUUGUAGAUGUCCGGAACGAAAUCAGUAUAGCGCGUAUCCGCCGCCAUUGUAG